AUUGUAUUUUAUGCAUGGAGUAUACAUUCAUACAUACAUACAUAUUAAAUUAUACGGAUCGAUCGGAGUAUUUCGAUCCUUGAUUACUUAAAUUAACUGCGAUCAAAUAAUUAAAUAUGGAUUGCGGUGCUUCGAGUUCGACGGCGGCGGAGCCUUCGAGCAAUGAUUAUAUUGCUGCGGCGCCGACGCAGGCGCUCGCGGAUCGAAUCAUCCGUGCCCUCCGUCACCCGCUCCGCCUCCUCCACCGCUCCGACGCGCUGUUCUUCGUGCUGGGGGCCACUGCCAACGUUUACACUGUCAACCUCGGCGGCGCCACCAUACAUUGCACAUGCCCCGACCCUACUGCUCCUUGCAAACACAUUCUCUUCGUCAUGAUCCGGUUCCCCGACCUUCGGUGCCGCUACAGCCUACCCACCGCCUCCUCGACGCCGCCUGCCACCAUCUCACUGGUGCCGUCUGCCGCCGUCUCGCCGGCGCCGCCUGCCGCCGUCUCUCCGGUGCCACCCUCGCUAGUACUGUCUUCCUCCAGCCUCACCGCCGCAUCCAAACUAGUGUGACCAUUCUUUGCCGCCCACCUGCCACCACCACCACCACCACCAUCCUCCGAGCACCACCAUUGUGAACUCCAGGGCCGCCACAUCACCUCCGGGCACGACCGCCACUGUCACAACUCCAAUGCCAGCAACUUCCAAAUGUUUGGCAUAUUUAGUCUAAAUUAAUUUCAAAUCUGCCAUGAACAUGAAUUUUAAAUUUGCCACAUAUUUGGCAGAUUUAUCUUGGAAUAAUAAUUGAAAACUGCCAUAAAUUUGGCAAAAACAUGAAAGGAAUUAGCAAAUGUUCGAAAAAAAUUAAUGGAAUAAAAACUCUAAUAGAAUCAGAAACACGAAGUAAAAGGAAAAAAAAUUAGAAAAGCCGAUUUACUCAAAAACAUUUCUGCCAUAAUCCGAUUGUCAGUAUACAUUAUUUCUGCCACAAACUUGGCAAAAUUCUAUGCCUAUCAUCCAAAAAUCUGGAAAAUAAAAAAUGUUUAAAUACUCAGAAAUCAAAAUACGAAAAUAUAAAUUUGAAAAUUGACAAAAUUAAUGUAAAAAUUAUCCAAAAAAUCAGAGGAAUGUAAAUUACCCUAAAAAUCAUAGAAAUACGAAGAAAAAAAACGAAGAAGGUGAAGAGGAGGAGGAAGAUGAAGAAGAAGAAGAGAAGAAGAAGUUAAAAACCUGAAAUAUGGAAGAAGACGAUUUGGAACUUGGAAGGGAGAAGAUGAUUUGCAGAGGUGGUGUAGGUGGAGGCAGCGGAGGUGGUGUGCAGUGAGGCAGCGGAGGUGGCGUGCGAUGGCCUGCAGCGAAAUCACGGGUCUGGAAGGGAGAAGACGAUUUGCAGAGUAGAUCGGUGAAGAUGAGUGCGGUUUUUUAGCCUAGAGAAGUGCGAUCCAUUUGUGGGGAGAGAAAGUGAGAGAGAAGAAUAAAUAACUGCAGGGGUAAAAAUGCGAUGCCAAAUUCUCUAUGUUUCAUAAUAGGAGUAAAUUGGUCCUAUUUUGGAAUAAAAACAUAAGAAGUCCUAUUUUUGAGUUUUACCUUACUUUUACUCCUAUUUGGAGUAAUUUCUCCUAUUUUCAAUUCAUCACUUAAGUUUUUAUAUACUAAAAAAGUACUACUUACGUAAAAGUUCGAUCGUCUCUCGCUUCUCUCUAGGGCUUCGGCCGCUUGGAGUUUUUUUCCGUCUUCGAUUUUAAUCGAAGGAUGGCCGCUUUUUCCGUCUUCGAUUUUAAUCGAAGGACGGCCGUUGUUGUUUGUGCUUCAUACUCGAAGGGCGGAUUUGCUGUCAUGGCUCGAGGAGAUCGGCAUUGUGAUCAAGGUUCGAGGAUGAUGUAUUGUUCUCGUCGUUGGAGAAGAUCGGCGCCGCCUAUCCGUUUACUCUGGUUGCAUGAAGCAGGGAUGGGUUUGGUUAUGCAGUGAUAGAGGAUUGAUGCAUGGCCUUUGGCAGACAAAGGUCACGGAGUAUCAAUUAGCAUGGUACCGGUGGUACUAGGACUUGAGCUCCACGAUCCAUGCAUAUGGAGGAAGAGUCUUCCGCCACAACAGCUCAACCGGCUACUAGGCUUGCCAACCUCUGCAGAUGCAGUCGCCGGGACAAAGUUGCGAGAAAAGUUCCACCAGCUUUUCUCUCGGGAAAGGCUGCGGCACCCAGUAAUGGUGAUACCGGAGGGAGCGGCAUGCCCGGUUUGCUUGGAGGAAAUAGAGAGGGAAGAGCGGAGAGUAGCAGCCUGCGGAACGUGUAAGAACCCGAUUCAUGAGGAGUGCUUGCAGGCAUGGAGGAAGCAGAGCAAGCCCAGGAGAUCCUUCAGUUGUGUGCUCUGCCGUGCACGGUGGCGAGAUGUGAGGGCGGCGAACCCGGGUUUGUAUCUUAACUUAUCCAAUUAUGUAUCUUAGAGACGACGACGACGACCGAUACGGUCACGUACGUAUUAAUUGGGUGAAGGCGGUGAGAUCUAGUCGUUGCGGCGGUUAGCAUGCAUCACAAUAUAAUGCAUGGUGUACAUAUGUAUGCAGUAAAACUCAUUGAAUUUCGAUCUUAUAUUAUGACUAGAAACUUGAUUUACCAAAAGAUGACUUAUAAGGUAUGUUUGGC